CCUCUCCCCUCCUCAGCUCGCAGCAGCGGCUUCUCGGUCCCAGCUUUAAUUGGAAGCCAGCGGUUGUCGGGAGAGGUGAGUCGAGGGGGAAGCUUGGAUAACGGAAUCCAGCAAGUGGAACCAAGGAAGCCGAAUUGGGAUGCAGGUGAGACCAGUAUGAUCCUUGAAGAGUCUAUGAAAUACUUUGUCAUUGCUAACAUUGGACGAGCUGGCGGUGUAAGCCUAUCCAGGGACUUCAUGCUGCUUUAAAUAAAAAUCUUAAUUGCCCUGGGUUGUAAAGUGUAAGAUAUCCUUUCAGAGAAAAGGGCAGCUCUUCUUACGGGCAACCAAUAACCUAGCUGUCCUACAAGAACAUGAACUUGAAGUUGGGAGACGGCAAGAUGUUAAUCAAGCCUUUCAUAAUCACCUAGAGUCACAUAGCAGCAUGUCAGCUCUGACCGAACUAGCAUUCUCCAUUCUAGAAAGAGGUAAUAUAAGAGUUUGAUUUUUUUUCCUUUAAAAGUCUUGAUUAUAGAAACUGACUACAAAGCUGAAUUCAGAUUUUAUUUUGUUAAUCUUGUUUUUUUAAAGCUUGGAUCCAAAUUCAUUUCAUGCUAUUUUUAAAGACUAUUAUACAAAGUGCCUUACUGAAGGAUCUCUUUUCUCUACUCUGAAGAGCAGCCGAACUGUUCCUAGCAGUCACGGUGAAACAUAACCUGAAAUCAGCAGACCGCUUUGGAUUAUGUUCUGAACAUUGCAGACCAAAGAAAUCAAUAAUCUGGGCGUUUUACAUUGUGUUUUAAGUGUGCUGGAUAUUCCUUUCUGGAGGUUAAAUUACAAGAAAAGUGAACCGGAGUGGAUUUGAUUUGAUUGGAAACUAUUGUAGUUUCUCUGCUGGCUCUGUGUCUGGCAACUCCAGUUCUGAAUUGUGCUUGAUGGGGGUUUUUCUUAGGGGUGCCAACCUUUCAAUUAAGGACAGAAUAUUAGAGUUGGGGGACUUGGCUUCUAUGUGCCAAAAGCCAUAUCAGCUUAACCCCCAAACAGAAGUCUGUUGUCCUAACAGUUGCCUUCAGUGCUACAUAAAGAAGAACUAUAUAAUUGUGCAACAUAACAUCUAAGAUGGAACUAAAAGAGGCUCAUCAUGCCAAUGGAGUGUUGCUGCCCAUUGUGGCUGGGCCUAUAGACUGUCUAUCCAGCCCUGACCGAGAACAUCUUGUUGAGUCUUCUGAUUUUUUAGAACCAGAAGAAGGAGGAGGCAUGGAAGUGGUGGUGAUAGAAUCCCGAGCCAAUGCAAAAGGGGUGCGUGAAGAGGAUGCCCUGUUGGAAAAUGGCAGCCAAGCUACUGAAAGCGAUGAUACUAGUACAGACCGGGGUCCAGAACCAACCUCUCCUCUCAAAGAGACUUCUUUUUCUAUUGGUCUACAAGUCCUUUUUCCAUUCCUGCUGGCAGGGUUUGGAACAGUAGCUGCUGGGAUGGUGCUGGAUAUUGUACAGCACUGGGAUGUCUUCAAGUAUGUGACUGAAGUAUUUAUCCUGGUUCCAGCUCUUUUGGGGCUGAAAGGGAAUUUGGAGAUGACAUUAGCUUCUCGCCUUUCUACUGCUGCUAACAUAGGACAAAUGGACACAGCAAAAGAGCUCUGGAAGAUGAUAAUAGGGAACAUGGCUCUGAUACAGGUUCAAGCAACAGUUGUUGGUUUUCUGGCUUCAAUUGCUGCAGUGAUAUUUGGCUGGAUCCCAGAUGGACACUUCAGCGUUGGCCAUGCCAUUCUCCUUUGUGCCAGUAGUGUGGCCACUGCCUUCAUUGCCUCGCUUGUGCUGGGCAUGAUCAUGAUUGGCGUAAUCAUUGGUUCCAGAAAGAUGGGUAUCAAUCCUGACAAUGUGGCUACUCCUAUUGCUGCCAGUCUUGGUGACCUCAUUACUCUGGCUCUGCUUUCUGGGAUAAGCUGGGGCCUCUAUAUAGAACUGGGUAAGACUGUGAAGACUACAUUGUUGAGUAGGAAAUACUGUAUGUGCCAAAAUUUUGUAGUAUUUAAAUGUCUUGAACUCUGUAGUUCAUUUCCAUUGAUCUAAUUUUAAGCUCUAAUUGUAUCAUUGUAAUACUUUCACAUCCUCCUUUUUAGUAAUACAGAGAAGGUACAGACUACAUUACCAAUGUUAGUUACACGUGUGCCACAUGAAGUAUUCUCAGCUAACAAUAAGGACUCAAACAGUCAGCCUUGGCAUUUUAGGGCCAAUAUGCCAAUUAAGAUGCAGAAUAUAGUGUUGACAGUAUAAAAAAUGAUUGUGUGAUAGUAAAAAAGGCAGGAUAUAAGAAAAAUACAUAUAAGAAAAUGGUUGCUGAAAAAAAGAUGGAUGGAAUAUAUUGUAUGAUGUGUCUUUUAAAAAAGCUACCAGUAGUUUCAAAGAAAGUAACCAAAAAGAGCAAGGUACACUUAUGAAUAAAAGUGGCAGAGAGAAUGCAGAGUAAUGUUGAUGAAAAUAAAGAAAUGUGUUGGAAGUGGGUAAAGAGUUGAAAAGGGUCUAGCAAAGGGAUUGGAAUGAAAAAUGUGAUGAAAUGAUUAAAGUGAAGUAAGGGAAUGAUGAAAGAACAAUUUAAUAGUUCUCUAUAGAAGUAAGAGUAUUAUGUUGGAGUUGUAAUUGAAGUGAAUGCUGUAAAUGCUAGUGUUCAAGAAAAAAUGUGAGAACAGUGAACAAUGGGAAGAUAGCAGGUAUAAAUGGGACAACUAGAAAAUGCUAAAAAGAAAUACAGUUUUCUUAUGGAGUGGCUGUAUAAUUUGAGU